AAUACUAUCCAUCCCGUUUUUAAGUCCAAAAACAAAACUUCAACCCAAUCAUCAGUAUCAAAUUAUGAUACAACUGAAGUUGAUGACGAAAUAAAUGAUCGAUCUACCACAUCUAAUGAAAAUUAUUCUCCAAAACAUAAUGAUGUUACCUCUUCCUUUAAUACCAAUAGUUAUAAAGUUAAUAGUGAUGAUGAUGGAUUCGAAUUAUCUAAUUUCGCUUCUUGUACAAUUAAUUGA